AUGACCACCAAAAAUGCACCAAAGACUACUGGUAAUGCACCAAAGAUCAUUGCCAGUACACCAAAGACCACUAGAAAUGCACCACAGACCACCGGAAAUGUACCACAGACAACUGAAAAUGUACCACAGACAACUAGAAAUGCACUGCAGACCACGGGAAAUGUACCACAGACCACUGACCACCGCAAAUGUACCACUGAUGGAAAUGCAUCACAAACCACUAGAAAUGCCCAAACUCCACCAGAAAUGUACCAUAGACCACUGGAAAUGCUCCAUAAACCAUUGGUGAUACUCCAAAGACCACCGGAAAUGCACUACAAACCACUGAUAAUGCUCCAAAAUACUGGAAAUGCACCAAAGACCACCACAAAUGUACUACAAACCACUGAUUAUACACCAAAGACCAUUGUAAAUGCAUACAAACCACUGGAAAUGCACCAAUGUCCACCAGAAAUGUACUAUAGACCACUGGAAAUGCACCAAAGACCAGUGGAAAUGCACCGGAAAUGCAUCAAAGACCACUACCCCGUAAAUGUACCACAAACCACUGGAAAUGCUUCAAAGACCACUGGAAAUACACCAAAGACCACUGAAAAUGCACCAAAGACCACCGGAAAUGUACUACAGCCAUUGGAAAUGUACCACAGACCACACCGGAAAUGUACAACAAACCACUACGAAUGCACCAAAGACCACCGGAAUACACCAAAGACCAUCGGAAAUACACCACAGACCAUUAGUAAUGUUCCAAAGACCACUGGUAAUGUUCCAAAGACCACUGGUAAUGCUCCAAAGACCACUGGUAAUGCUCUAAAGACCACUGGAAAUGCACCGCAAACCACCGGUAAUGCUCCAAAAACCACUGGGAAUGUACCACAAACUAUUGGAAAUGCACCACAAACCACUGGAAAUGCACCAAAGGCCACCAGAAAUAUAUCACAGACCACUGGUAAUACACCAAAGACCACUGGAAAUGCACCAGACCACUGUAAAUGUACAACUGACCACUGGAAAUGCACCUAA